AUGAGUCUGGCACGUCGCUGUACGAGGCGGCUCUUGAGCCCCGCCGCAGGCGCUCGUCGGCUCAGCUCGCCGGCGGUGCUGAGCAGACCAAGAUCGGCCCUCCACACAGCGUCCUCCUUGCAAGCAUCGGCAUCCCGGCAGACCCAGUUGCAUCCUUCUUCGGCGCUGGUUAGCAUUCGCACCUUCAGCUCGACCUCACAAUGGCAAGCAGCAGAUCCCCUCACCCCACAUGCGGAACGCCACCCCAUCUCGCACCUACGCAACAUUUCGAUCAUCGCACACAUCGAUGCGGGCAAAACGACCCUCACGGAACGUCUUCUUCACCUCACCAACGCCCUCUCCUCCAACUCUUCCACCGCUUCCAUCCCAGGCGACGUAGACACCGGCUCAACCGUCACCGACUUUCUUGAAGCGGAGCGGCAGCGUGGCAUCACCAUCCAAUCCGCCGCCGUGGGUCCCGUCUGGUGGACCUCCCCUACCUCCCCGUCCCGUGUGGGCAUCACCCUCGUCGACACCCCUGGUCACAUUGACUUCGGCAUCGAGGUCGAGCGCGCACUGCGCGUCGUCGAUGGCGCAGUCGUCGUCCUCGAUGGCGUCGAAGGAGUCGAGAGUCAAACCGAAAACGUAUGGGCCCAAGCAGCGAGGUACGAUGUCAAGGCGUCCAUUCUGUUCGUCAACAAACUCGAUCGCAUGGGCAGCUCGAUGGUCCAGUCGCUCAAGAGUGUGAUGAGGAGCGGGAUGCAUAAAAGGCCGUUGCUGCUGCAGCUGCCCCUGGCUGUGGAGGGGAACGAGCCGGGGAUAGCAGGCGUGGUAGACCUGGUCGAGAUGCAGACGCUGCGCUUCUCAGGAAAGGCUGGAGAGAUUGUCACAAGAACGGAGCUGAGAGAGGGAGAUGAACUGUGGGAGGAGGCAAAGCAGGCGAGACAUGCGUUGGUCGAGUGUCUUGCUUCAUUGGAUGAUCAGUUGCUGGAAGAGCUGUUUGGUCUGCCGACGGGGUCGAACGAGGAGCCGCACGGCAAGAUGCCGGCUGCCUCGCUCAAGGCGGCGAUACGAAGGCAGACGUUAGCAGGGACGAUCCUGCCCGUGCUCUGCGGCUCGGCGGGCAAGAAUAUCGGUGUGCAGCCGCUGCUCGACGCCAUUGCGGAUUAUCUGCCCAGUCCAGCGGAUAAGCCUUCCGUCAUUGGCACGGUCGCUUCGACCGCCUCCCCGUCCAAAACCCAAGCCGAGCAGCAGGAUGCUACCCCGGACGGUAAGCAAGUCCCCAUCUCGCUCAUCGACCGCCGCACCACAGCACUAGCCUUCAAAGUGGUGCACGACAAGCGGCGCGGUCCCACCACCUUCGUCCGCGUCUACUCGGGCACUCUCCACCGCUCCACCGUCCUGUUCAACACCACCACGGGUGCUCGCGAGCGUCUCUCCCGCGUCCUCUUCCCGUUCGCCGACAGCUACACCGAAACAGACACGCUGCGUGCGGGCCAGAUCGGCGUCAUCCUCGGUCUGCGCGACACGCGAACCGGCGAUACGCUCGUCGACGUCUCCUCUGCAGGCACCGCCAAAGCUGGUACGGGUGCCAAGGGUGGGAUGGACGCGAACGAGGUCAAGACGCUGCGAUUGAAGCGGGUGCACAUUCCACCACCCGUGUUCAGCAUGUCAUUAGAACCGGCAAGCAAAUCGGAUGUCGACGCGGUGAGCGAUGCGCUCAACCUGCUCAUUCGUACCGACCCGUCGCUGCGACUGGACGAAUCAGGAGAGGGCACCACGGGUCAAACCGUGCUCAGUGGCAUGGGCGAGCUGCAUCUCGAGAUUGCGAAGGAUCGAUUGGCGAACGAGUUCGGCGUCAACGCGCGGAUGGGCGCUGUGAGGGUGUCCUAUCGCGAAACGCUGGAUGAGGGGUUGGGGGGGAGAGAGGUCGAGGAGACGGUGGAGAGGGACUUGGCGGGCAAAAAGAUCAAGAUCGGUGCGAAGAUCAAGGUGAGAGCGCUGGGAGAGGACGAGAUGCACUUGGCGAGUGGGGCGGAUGCCGCUGUGUACGGAGGCAACGUCGUUGAUGUCUCCUUUGCGCCUGCUGGCGAUGCUGCAGGGCAGGUAGAGGGGAGGAAGGAGAAGGCAAGUGCGGAGGACGAGGGCGACAUUGAAGCGUUCGUCGCGGAGACGCCUCGGCAUACGCGUGGCAAGAACACCGCCAAAACACCCGCUCCCAGCUCCAAGUACUCGUCCAUCACAUCCCCUACCAACCUGCCCCCUGGCAUCGACCUCAUCACGCUCAGCACAAUGUUCAAAACAGGCAUGGUAGCCGCGCUCUCCCGUGGGCCGCUCACUUCGAACCCGGUCAUGAACCUCCGCAUCAGCAUCUCCAACGUGGAGCUGUUCGGCGAGCUUUCGUCCUCGGCUGCCGUGUCCUACCUGCUAUCGCAUCACGUGCGCAAGGUGUUGCGCACCGAGCCCAAGGUCAAUCCCGAAACCGGAAUGGCGACGUCGACGCCGACACCGCUGACGACGCUGAUGGAGCCCAUGAUGACGACACGCAUCGUGGUGCCCGAGGCGCAUCUUGGUAAAGUGAUCAACGAUAUCACGGCCGAGCAGGGCGGACUGGUGGAGGAUGUCGUACAUCUCUCGUCCGAUUCGGAUACAGAGAAAUCCACGGGAGAAGAGGAGGAGGUGUACAUUCCCAACCCGACGACGAACAGGUUUGAGCUGCAGAGCUCCGCCGCCUCGUCCGGGUCCGGCGGGAAGGGUGUUGAUGGUAAGGGCGGACAGGGCAAGGCGGAGAUUCAUGCGGUGGUGCCACUGGCGAAUCUUGUCAAGUACUCGUCCAAGCUGAGGGCGCUCACUGCUGGCAAUGCCCAGUUCAGCAUGCAGCUGCAGGGCUUUGCGAGGGUGUCCAAGCAGAGGCAGGCCGAGAUUUUGGCCGAGUUGGGUCGAUAG